AUGGCUCAGAUUCGUGCUCUAGCCCAGAAACUCGCAGCAAGUGCAAAUGAUCUUUCCAAUGAGCUAGAAAGCCAAGGGCUCGCGGAAUACUCCUUCAGCGAUCCUAACGCCCCCCUCGACCUUCCCCUUCUGAGUGCUCCGGGUUCGAUUGCGCAAGCCGAACUCAUCUCAGCAGCAGAAGAACUCCUUCGUCUAGCACAUGGCCCGCUCACCUACUUGAAUAGAUACCAGGAUGUUGCCUUUGAGAUUGGUACAAUUCGGGCCCUGAUUCGACUGGGUAUUCCUUCCAUGAUUCCUCUCCACGAGCGGGCCACCUACCCUGAGCUUAGUCGCAAGUCUGGAACCCAUGAGCCACUUCUCAGAAGAAUGAUACGAUUUGCUGUCGUUUGCGGGUUCCUGACUGAGCGUGAUGGCCGCGUCGGACAUAGCGCCGAGUCAGCUAUCUUUGUAAAAGAUAGCCGCAGCGCCGAUGGAGCGACGUGGACGCUGGAGGUCGGGUUCCGUUCUUCGGGCCGACUGUAUGAAGCAUUACAGUUGGAUCCAACGGGGGAAGAUGGUAAAAAGACUGCUGUAAGUGUCGAGUACCAUGAGGGCCACCAUUAUCCGACAAUAUGGGAGGUUCAUGCUGCUCGUCCACUGUUGAGCCGGGGCUUCGACAACUUGAUGGCCACGCAGAUUGCUCAGCCGAUUUUCUCGCUGCAGCACGUUCUGCGUUCCUUCGACUGGAAGCAGAUUACCUCACUUGUCGACGUGGGUGGAGGCAAAGGACAUGCUGCCAGGGCGAUCUUUGACGCGAAUGCCCAUAUAAAAUGCACUGUCCAGGACACCAAUAACGUUCUAGGUGAAAAACAAACAGCUGGGGAUGUUUCGUUUAUGACGCAUGACUUCUUUCAGCCCCAGCUGUUGCAGGCAGACAUGUUCCUCUUUCGGCUCAUCAUCCAUGACUGGUCCGACGAGGACGCGCAACGCAUCAUCGCGGCGACAAUCCCCGGUCUACGUAAGGGAGCUCGGCUUGCUAUUAUGGAUACCAUUGUUCCCGAGCCAGGAACCGAUUCCAUCUUCUCUGAGAAGGCCAUCCGUGCCCUUGACCUCGCCAUGUAUGGGAUGUUUGCCGGUAAAGAGCGCUCGCUGCAGGAGACGCAGAAACUAGUUGCCAGCGUGGAUGGUCGCUUGGUCUUUGAGCGGUGUUAUCGACCAGAGGGGAGCUUAAUGAGUUUCAUGACCUGGGUCUUUCAUGCAUGA